GUCGUUCGUCAGCUGAUUUUAAAGUUAGGUUAAUUUAUUUAUGAACUGGGUUCAACUGUUUAUUGACAAAAAAUAAAUAUUCUCUUGUUUCUGGUGUAAAUGGAAAUCAGUUUUGAAUUGUGUAUGAUUGAAUUGAACAGUGAUUAGUUGAUUCACAAGAAUGACGGAUGAUAGCGUGGAAUGGACAAGCGCUCAAAUGAUAGAAAAUGCAAGCAGUUGGUCCUUGUGUGGUGAUGUAGCCCUACUCAACCGUUUAAAGCAGUUUUCGAAGACAGUUAUUUCGGGUGCGGAAGCCUUAAAUACAAAUGUGGAUAAGCUAUUAAAUAAUUUGGAGGAAAUUAACUUAAAGUUGGCAUUGACAAAAAAUGAAUUUCACAGUUUACGAAAUACUCAAUUUAUAGAGAAUCGAGUUUAUGAAGAUGAUGAAACUUUGGAAACUGAGGAACAUCAGGCUGACAUUAAACAGCUAAAUGAUGAGGAAAAGGAGAUUGCUUUAAAAAAAUCAAUAGCGAAAGGUUUAGAAAUAAUGGAAAAAUAUUAUGAUAAAGUAGAAUUAGCUCUAAGCGACAGUGAAGGGGAGAGCAAUGAGAAAAGCUAUGUCAUGCAACCAAAAGAUUUGUAUGCGGACAGACCACUUCCAUAUUUGGUUGGAAGCAAGGAAUGGCAUCAGAAAUGGCACGUUGGUCUUUUGCCUUCUGAUUCCGAAUCAGAGUCAGAACCGGAGGAAGAAAUGUAUAGUAGCAGUAACUCAGAAAUUGAUUUGCCUAAAAAUCGCACACUGGUCUCAGAAACCAGUUCUGAAUUGGACUUUACAAAUAAGGAGACUGAUCCCGAUGGCCGCUCAACAUUUAACAAUUCUCGAGGAUCUAAGAGGUUGCACUCAUCUUCUGAAAGUUCUGAGAAAAGUAGUUCACUGCAUAGUAAGGCGCCGAUUGCAAAGCAAACCUUUGCUGAGCAAUUAGCUGAGAAACUUGGAGAUGUAGUCAGCAAUCAACGGCGAAAAUCAGAUGUCGGAGCGCAACCCACAACAAAGUUUGCUCCGCCAAGAAAAACUGGAAGCUUAUUUUCGGAUAAACCGCCUCCACUAGACGAACUAGAUGAUGUAAUGCUUCCUAAAACAGCGCGACAUGGAUUGUUCACUGCCGACUUGAUUUCAGAAAGUAACGAAGCAAAUUCAUCAUGGGAAUUCCAACAAGAAAAUGUAUUUUCAGAUACCAGUAAAAGACCUGAUCAUGAGAAACUACCACCCUUUAGAAGCAGUAAAGUUUCGGAAUCUAAGGUUCCUGCCGGUUUAUUUGAUAACUUAGAAAGCUCUAGCGAAGAAGACUUAUUGGCGAUUACAGAGAAAAGAAAGUUUAUGAGCACUUCAGCGGUAAAUCCAUACAUGCAACCAUUCAAAGCAACAGUCCCAUUUGUUGAUGAUGAGCCGCCAAAGCUUAUUACGAAAGAUGAAGUUCAAGUUAAUAAGAAGAAGCUAGUAGAAAAUAAAGCAAUUCUUGAAAAAACUGGCAUCCCAAAAGUUGGCAAAACUGAUUUAAGCAAAAUAUCUCAAGCACCAAAUAACAGCAAAGUAAAGGAUAUACAACCAGUCAUUGAAAAGAAACUCAGCCUAUUUGACGACUCGUCGGAUGACGAAAUAUUUGCGCCAAAGCCUAAACCCGUGCUAUCCGCAGCACAUACAAAUAACCUGGUUAAUCAGCCCUCAAAAUAUGAAGUCACAUCACCUGAUAUAGAUAAAGAUUUGGAUAGACCUGAAGAUAUUUUGCACGCAGUAAGGGAACCAACAGAAAAAGUGAAACCAAAGAAAAUCAGUCUUUUUGACGAUGACAACGAUUUAUUAGAAGAAGAAGAAGAAAUGUUUUCUGGAAUCUAUAAGAGGGGUAAAUUGUCUGAUGAUUUUAAAGAAACAUCCAGGAAGCACGCUAAAGGCCUUUUCGAUGAAUCAGACGAUCUGGAUAUCUAUAUUGAUUCAAGUGGUAAUAAAGCGUCCAAAGAGAUUGCAAAGAGCGUGAUUGGAGAUGCUCCCCGAGCUUCAGACUAUUCUCUGAACUUCUCCACUAAACCCGUAGGCCUGUUUGAUGAGCCCAACAUUAACGAGAAUGAUCUAUUUUCAUUUAAGCAAAAAACUGAAGUGAAUCAAUUUGAUACUGGAGCAGUUGAUGUAAAUAAAUGCAAUGAUGUAGCACGUGAUAAUGCUAAAGAAGCGUCUGAAAACCAAACCGAACCGUUGUCGUCAAAUCCUGGUUUGAUGGUAGAACAGCGAUUGAAGAUUGACCAUGAUUCUACAUGUGAUGAGGAAGAACCUGCAAAAAAACUAGUUACUGAUAUGGGAACGAAUUCCAAAACCGUAGAUUUAUGCAAGAGUUCGAGCGAUUCUUUUAGGUUCACUGACGAAGGACGCAAAAAUGUCGAAAUUAUUAAAGAUGUAGAAAGUGUCCUAGACGAGUCAAAAGCGAUACAAAUCGAACAUAACACACCGCUCUACCAUAAUGAAGAUUUAAGCGAGGUGGCUAUUGAAGGCACAGAAGCUCUUAAUAAAUCGCAGCGAAAAUUCGAAACACCACCACACAUCAAUUUAUUCGAUCCAACCCCACCACCUGUUGAUUGGGAUGCAUCAUCAGAUAACAGCGCUGAAAGUGAUACGUUUUCGCUAUCAGAUGGGAUGUUGGAUCGUGCUGGUUAUAAUCGUGUACAGUCAACGUCAAGUGUUUUUGAUGAAGCUCCACCUGAUUUACCUAUCGUGGAAGUUCAUAAUACCAACUAUUCAAGUGGAAUUGUUGAAGAUCUGAGUGCAUCAACAUCAGACUCACAUAGGGAUAGUUCAUUAUAUCCAUAUCCCACGUCCUCCAGAAGGCCUUCUAGCGAUAUUUUUAACGACCAGCAAAACAAGGAUAAUAUUUUUGUGACGGAAAAUCGCAAUAGUUCGUUACAUGUGUCAAGUUUAAAGAAUGUAACGGAGCAAUUAGGGGAUAAAUCGAAAAUUGAGGAAUUAACUCCGAAAAGCGAAAUGGAGGAUUUGCAAGACAGCACUGUUUCUGAAGAAGUCGAAGUGGAAUCAAAGCCGUCUCCAGGAAAACUUAAGCACAAUCUCAAUAUUAAUGUAGAGGCUUUGUUGCCCGGAGCAACAUCGUCAAAAAUUCGUUCGUCCAUUGCGAAAGCUGCACACUUUCAUAAUACCGUUCAAACAUUAGUUACAUCGUCAAAAGAAAUUCCACCACUUAAAGCAGAUGUUUAUUUAGCUUCGCCUACAAGUGAAAUUAUGUUUAAAUCCGAAUCUCAAGUGGAGAAUUAUGAGAACUUGGGUGGUAUCGAAGUUCUACAUAGUAUCACCAAAGAUAGAGCCAAAAUUCCAGUAAAACGGCGUCCAUCCACUAGAAGGGCCAGACAGGAAGCAGCGAGAAAAUCAAUGACCGAUUUCAGCUUUUAUACAGAAAAUAAAUAUACAAGUGAGGAAUUGGAACAAGCGAGUGCCAAAAUCCCACAUCUUACAGAAAAUAUUAGUAAGAGGAUUUCAUUAGUAUUUAAUAAAGUCGAUAUUUCCCAAUCCAAUGACAAUACGGCAUUACUCGAUACCCUAAAAGAAGACAGUCAAAAAUCCACUUCAACAUUAAAGAAUCGAGUGACAGAUAUGAAUAAAAAAUCCAUACUUUAUGAAAGUGCAGAACCAGAUAAAAGGAGUAAAAAUAAUCCACCAAACAAGAAUGAACCUUUAGAACGUUCUCAAAAACAUUUUGAAGGUACUCAGAAGGCUAAUCUGGAAGAAAAUCAAGGACAGACGGAGGUUGAAAAUUCAUCAAUUUUUAACGAAUCGAGUGUUGCGAAUGCAUCAAACGAAACAGAAAGGAAUGAAUCAAAAAAGAACAUUGGCGAUUCUAUUAAAGAUGAUUUAUUUAAAUCCACGUCAAAAACUAAAAUGACCCUAUCAGAUGAAGAACUCUUAAAAUCUACUGAUUUUCAAAGUUUGCAACCUUCUCCAGCUAAAGCAUCAGGAGCCAAAUACACCGACAUUUUCGGAGAUGAUUCACCUAGUAGCGACGAAGAUUUAUUUGCUAAAAGCUCAAAAUUGCCUCAGAAAAGCGGUCUCAUGUCUGCUGCUGCCGCAGUAGAAAGCCGCCUACCGAAAGAGACGCAAAUUCCUUCAUUUAUUACUGAAUCUGACUCUGAUAGUGAUCUGUUUGAUGGAAAAUUCCCCCAAAGGCAAAGCAAAACACAAGCGAAAGCAACCCAGAAGAAAGAGAAAAAUUGGAUUUUUGAUGAUUCAGAAGGUAGUGACGAUGAUCUGUUUGGAAUAAAGACGAAAAACACUUCGAGUGCAACUGGUACCAAAGACGUUGGAUUGAAAGCAAAACGCUCCGAAAUUAAAACAGCCAAUAUAAAGAAACUGGAGAGCACACAAGUGACGGACUUCGAUCCUCUGAUGGGAUUUAAGUAGGUCCGAGGACUUACUUCAACUUAGGGAAAAAUAUAUUUAUAGAAAUCUUUACUGUUUAUUAACGUUGGGUUAAAUUAUAUACAGGGAGUUCGGAAAUGGUGCGAAUAUAACACUUUUGAGAAAAUUCAAUGAUAACUGAUCUGCAGGCCGUUAACGUUUAUUACAAUUAAUUUAUAAUAGUUUAAUAAAUGUUUACUAUGUAUUAGCUAAUUAAAUAUUUGAUCAAUAAUCACUAAUUCUAUAUUUCCAAGUGUUGGUACGCUCUGUUAAAACGUUGGAUAUAAUUUAACAUACGUUAGUUAUUGCUUACACCGGGCAAGACAGUGUUAAACGUAGAUUUUCUCGAAAACGGCUCAUAUUAGAGAUAUGGCAAGUAAACCUUUUAUGGAUUUUGAGCGUUCGUUUAAAUAAACGAGCGCUUUUCAUUAGCGCUUAGCAUUAACUAAUAAAUGUCAACUGUCAACAAUAAAUGUCAACAUGUUAUUAUUGAGUUUUCGAAAAAGUGUCGUAGGAACUUGCCCCACACAUUUUUGCCCUAUUUAUCGCCCCAUUUAUACCGCGCCCUGUAUACAGAGUAGUCCUCAAUUAAAGUGCCAAAAUUCACUGACAAAUUGUUUAGGCAAAAAUAUUACUUUUGAGACAAAUUGGUUUUAUCUGAAAGUUAAUAGUAUCUGAGAUACAAGUUGUCAUAGCGCAACUAAAAUUUUCGUUAAAUUUUAAUUUAUUGUUAAUUUUUAAUUGAUAAGUAUUACUUAAAAGAUGACCUUAAAAUUUUGUGUUAGGCAGUUUUUUAGAUAGAAAAGCCCAAAUUUCGUAUAAUCUAGCUUGUAGAUCAUGCGCUAGCUGUAAUAGUCUCGAGCCAUUUAAAAAUCAGAACUUUUAUGUUUUGAAAUAUCGCUAUUUUGUUGGUAGUAUUUCGUUCUAGGAUAUUUUAUAAACAAAGAAGGUGUAAUUGUUUCAAGUCAAUAGCUCUUACCGGUUUCGAGAUAUUGCACAUUGAAACCUCUAGUGAUGUUAAUGUCUAAACUCGAAUCAGAUAGAUCUCUAAUAUCUAAGCUGAGAUUGUUAUGGUGAGCCGUGAAAAAAAUUGUUUUACUGUCAGUUUAGACUAGAAAAAAUAUUUAAACUUCUAGUAUUGCCUUGAAUUUAUUGAAAAUGUCCCAACAUAACUGAUUUUCGAAUGCAGAAAUGCCCUCGUAAAAAUGGGCAAUGGUUAAAAAUGUAUUUAAAAAAAAACGAAAAUUUUAUUGACUUUGACAUUCUGUAAUUCAGAAUCUGUUAACUUUCGAAUCAGACAAAUUUGCCUGAAACGCAAUAUUUUUGUAUAAACAGUGAAUUUGGUCACAUUAGUUGAGGACCACCCUGUAUAUUUAUUUUACGUUACUUUAAUCAAAAAAUAUAUAUUCAUUGUUCAAAUAUGUUGAACAGUAUUAACUGAGGAUUAUAUUUUUACAGAAUUGUUAAAAAUUUAACAAUCUAAAAUAAAUGUAUUGAA